AUGAGUGACGGCCAAGACCCUGCCACUGUCCUCGGGAUUACCACCGAGGUGAAGCCAGAGGGCUGCAGCAGUCAAGGUGGGGGUGAUGGGUUUCUCCAGUCCCACCGGCACCAGGAGCUCCAGGCCUUCCUCAACCUACUGGAGAACAGUUUUUUCCAGGAAUUCCUCUCCAUAGACCCCUGCUUCCAGAUUUCGGAUAAGUAUCUCCUGGCCAUGGCACUGGUCUACUUCUGGCGCGCCAGGCUGAAGCUCAGCGAGUACACCCACAGCAACCUGUUCUUGGCCCUAUACCUUGCAAAUGACAUGGAGGAGGACAUGGAGGAGCCCAAAUACGAGAUUUUCCCAUGGGCUCUGGGGAAAGAUUGGUGUUCACGGGUGGGGAAAUUCCUGCACCAGAGAGAUGAGUUGUGGGCACGGAUGGGCUUCCGGGCCGUCGUGAGCCGCCAGUGCUGUGAGGAGGUCAUGGCGAAGGAGCCAUCCCACUGGGCUUGGACUCGGAAGCGGCGCCCCCACCAUGGUGGGGUUCAGAGGGGCUGGCCACAGGCCGCAGUCCCCUUACCCCGGGGCCCCGGCCACUCACCACCCCACUGUUCCCACUGUGGCUUGUCCCAGCACCACAGCUGCCACCGCUCCGUGCCCGUGUCAUCCAACCAUCCCUCCCUGACCUCUGAGUGUCAUCACCCUCCCUCCCAAAAUUGCCUCUCAGUGGUCAAAAACCCCUGGGGUGGGGACUUCCUCAUUGUCUUGCCCCUCCAGAUGCAACUGGAGCCAGGCACCUACACCCUCCACAGUGAGUAG